AUGUCGAGCGAUAUAUCCCUGGUGAUCGAAGAUCCCGUUGUGGAGGUCAUAUAUGAAAAGGAGCUGUCUUCCGAAGAGCCACCUAUGGAAGAAUGGUCUUCUCUUCUCUUCGAAAUCCCUGAAGAAAACGUGAAGCGUUUGGAUUAUGCAAAAGGUCUGUAUGACCCAGGCAGUGGUGAAAUAUGUACAAAAUACUUUCCGCUCUCAGCCAGCUCUGUAUUACGACAUCCCUAUUACAACUACCCAGGGAUACUUGAUCCCGGAAUCGAGAAGGCACUUCUACAACCAGUACCUAAGAUUAUCUAUCCUGAUGACGGACAAGAACUAUACUUAGCUCUAUGCGAUGAAAUGAAUGUUUGCCCAGUGAAACUAUUUUAUAGAGGACUAGUGGAAGACAAAAUAGACUUAAGGUAUUACGGCAUAAAUCCAAAGGGUUUUCGAGCUAUGGCAACAGCCUUAAAACUAAAUAAAUAUGUCACUGUUCUCGAUUUGACAGACAAUUGGAUAAAUGAAGACGGUUGUUUCCAUUUGGGUGAAAUGCUUUUGGAGAAUUUAACUAUUAAAGAAUUGAAUUUGACCGGGUGCAGGAUUGGUCCCUCAGGAGCGAGACGUCUAUUUGCCAAUUUACAUUUGAAUCAGGCACUCAAAAUUUUGAAUGUCUCUAGAAAUUGCCUUAGUGAUGCGGGCGUUAAAGUGCUUGCCGAUGCUAUAUUCAAGGGAGCUGAUAUCAAGAGAUUGAACCUCAGUUUCAACAACCUCUCUGGGAAGUCCCCGUCGAUGCUAGCCGAAGCCUUUGAAACAAACAACCAGCUUACUCACUUGGAUAUGUCCUGGAAUGCUAUGUUAUCCCCGAACGCAAUAUUUGCGAUUUGUGAACAGUUGGCGGUUAACCGAUCGUUGGAAGAACUGGACCUGUCGUGGAACUCCCUAAGUGGCAAUCGCGUUGGCAACGCAUUCAAGAAUUUGCUGAAGAACAAACAAAUUCGUUAUUUAAAUCUGAGUAAUAAUAAACUGGAGGGGCCUGCUAUUAAAUUCAUUGCUGCCAGUUUAGCCAGAGCUACGAAAUUGGACUUGUCUUUUAAUCCGUUGACUGUGGUUGAUGCGAUGAAGUUGGUGGAGCGUUUGAGGGAACCGAAAGUGAAAUUGAAGCGUCUCUUGCUUGAUAACGUGUGUGUGGAUUCAGCGUUCAUGGAACUUCGUGCUGAGAUCCUUUCCUACAAAUUCCGUAGCGACACCGUUAUCACUUGGGGCAGCGUUAAAGAGAAGUUCGUGCCUAAAGGCACUGAUAUUAGAAAUAUAGUCUUCGAUAGAUGUGAGGCAAUCUGUAAGAAAUCUAAAAAGAGACCUGUAGACAUAGCUUUAGUUAUUCAACAGAUGUACAGAGAUGAUCACGAGCCAAUGAAUACUAAAACAUUCACUCAGAGAGUGAGAGGCCUCGGGGCCCAACUUGAUGAUGAUUUGAUCGAAGAACUAUCCAACAGGUUUCCGGGACCAAGAACUGAUAAAAUUAAAUUGAUCAAUUUAGUUUCGAUGAUAGACUUUCUUAAGCGUAAAUGGCCUGAUAGAAAACUGCCACCUACACCGCCACCCGAGCCAGAACCAGAACCGUUGCCGAAGAAAGGGAAGAAGGGGAAAAAGAAAUAA